GGUCUUGCUUUUAUUUUGAAGCUAAGAAGACCUACUUCCGCUCACCUCGGUCACGUGACUUCUGUGCCCUUGGUGUGGUAGUCUUUGACAUGUGAGCAACAGAAACAUGUCUUUCCCUAAAAAACCUGGUGGUAAAGCUUUAGAUGUUUUGCAGACUCUGCCGCGGAUCACUUUAGCAAACUUGCGGCCUGAGCCAGGUGCCACAAAGGCGCACAAACGUCGGGGCAGAGGACAACAUGGUGGCAACAGAAGCGGCCGAGGACAUAAAGGAGAGCGACAGAGAGGGAACCGACCUCGGCUGGGGUUUGAGGGGGGUGCGACCCCCUUUUACCUCUUAAUCCCAAAAUAUGGAUACAAUGAGGGACACAGUCGGCGUCCUCAGUACCACCCGCUGUCACUAAAAAAACUGCAGUACCUGAUCGAUUUGGGACGAGUCGACCCCACCCAGCCCAUAGACCUGACACAGCUUGUUAACGCCAGAGGAGUGACGAUCCAGCCUCUGAAGAGGGACUUUGGAGUCCAGCUUGUUGACGAGGGUGCUGAUAUUUUUGCUGCAAAAAUCAACAUUGAAGUUCAGAGAGCCUCUGAAGGAGCCAUAGCUGCUAUUGAGAAGAACGGCGGGGUCGUCACUACUAGUUUCUACGAUCCUAUAAGUCUUGGGAUUCUCAUCCAGCCCGUCCCGUUCUUCUUGCGUGGGCAGCCCAUUCCAAAGCGAAUGUUGCCAGGGGAGGAUAUGGUCCCAUAUUACUCAGAUGCUGUAAACCGGGGUUACUUGGCAGACCCGGAGAAGAUCCGGGAGGCCCGGCUAGCCCUGGCACAGAAGUAUGGAUAUAUUUUGCCAGACAUUUCAAAGGAUGAACUGUAUCACAUGCUCUCCAUGAGGAAGGAUGUUCGUCAGAUCUUCUUUGGCCUUGCUCCAGGCUGGGUCGUUAACAUGGCGGAGAAGAAGAUCCUGAAACCAACUGAUGAGAAACUUCUGAAGUAUUACAGCUCACAGUAAUGAGGAGAUAUUAAAUAAAUAUACGGUGUAAUAAGAUACUGAGUUUUGGAUGUUGAAAACGUGUAAAAGUUUCCAUUUUAUAUUAAAAAUGUGAAAAAACUGCUUAAGAA